AUGAACACCACCGUGGAGACGACGACACUUCACUAUGACAACGUCACUGAUCACACCAAGAAGUAUCACGUUGUCGAACAUGAGUCUGCCAUUAUCUUCUUCAUAUUUUGCAGCUGUGCUGUUGGAGUCCUGGUCCGUAGAGUCAUCCAGAGCCUCAAUUUGCGAAUGCCUUACACAGUGGUACUCCUUGUACUUGGAGUAUUGUUUGGGCUUCUAUCUGGUCACGACAAAAGAAUACAUGAGUACGCUGGUGUGGUCAACAUAGAUCCUCAUCUUUUACUCAACAUAUUUUUACCUGUACUCAUCUUUGAAUCUGCCUUUGCGAUGGAGGUGCACACAUUUAUGAAAACAUUCAUUCAGGUUGUCCUGCUUGCUAUACCUGGCCUAGCCCUUGCCUCACUUUUUACCUGUAUCCUGGCUCGUUACCUCUUCACUUAUAACUGGGAUUGGAAUACAGGGAUGAUGUUUGGUGCCAUACUCAGCGCCACAGAUCCAGUGGCAGUGGUGGCAUUGCUCAGAGAUUUAGGAGCUUCUAAAAAGCUGGCUAUGGUGAUUGAGGGAGAAUCUCUCUUAAAUGACGGAGCAGCCAUUGUGUUUUUCCAGAUAUUUUUGAAACUAUCAACUUCAGGAGCAGAGAUAGAUGGAACUAAUGCUGUCAGGAACCAAUGCUGUAAAGAUGUUUGUAAGGAACUAAUGCUGUUUUGGGAGACAAUGGCUUAUAUAGCAAAUACACUGAUUUUUAUCAUUGUUGGAAUGGUAAUAUCUGAAACUGCCAUCUUUGAGAUUCAUGGAAAAGACUGGUUCUUCAUGUUUUCUUUGUAUUUUGGCAUCUUUGUGAUCAGAGGGUUAGUAAUUGCCAUCUUUAGCCCAAUACUGCGACACACAGGUUACGGAAUGUCGUGGCAGGAAGGAAUAAUAAUGACUUGGGGAGGCCUCCGAGGAGCUGUGGGUUUGGCUCUGGCCUUACAAGUGGCUCACCAUGAUGAAAUAGACCAGGAGAGUGUUGGUAUCAGGGUCCUGAUUCAUGUCUCUGGUAUAGUGUUCCUAACUCUGCUGGUAAAUGCCUCGACCACUGGAGCUCUUCUACAAAUCCUUGGGAUGAGCGAUAUCUCACCAGCCAAGAGAAUGGCAAUGGCAAAUUCUCUACGCUAUCUACAUGACAUGAGGGAACGCACUCUCAACAUGCUGAAAACGGACAGGUUUCUGGCAGAUGCUGACUGGGACACAGUGGAGAAGUCUUGUGAGUUAGAGGACCCCUACAAAACUACAGAGGAGGAGGCCCUUGUUGAUGAGUCACUAGACAUGAGAGCCAAUGCUGUUUGCCCGGACUGUGAUUCUCAAUUGCCUGCUACUUACACACGAAAAGAACUGCGUGACAUGACUAAUGAAGCAGUACUACGUAUGCUUAAAGCUGAAAAAAUGAGUUAUUGGCGCCAGUUUGAACAAGGCAUGUUGUCUCGUGAAGCAGUGCGGAAACUCCAGGAGUGUGCAGAUAUUGCAGCUGACAAGAAGGGGAAGUCAUUGGAUGUUGAAGAAAUCAAGAAGAGCUGGGAAGUACCGUCAAUCUACAUGCGAUUUAGGCAAUCAAUCAAGAACUUUAUAAUAGAGGACAGUACAGUUUGUCCAAAACAAUCGGCGAUGAAGCUGCUGUACACCACCUCCAACCACCGCGCCUUCAACAUUACCAUGUAUGUCCUAAUCCUGCUUGAUAUGGUCAACCUCACCUUCGCUCUCCUUAGCCAGUUCCACAUCUACUGGACCGAUAAGGCUUUCAUCUUCAGAGUUAUCAACGUCAUCUUCCUCUCAUUCUAUAUCAUAGAAGCUCUUGUCAGAAUCCUGGUACAGAAAAAACGAUUCCUGAGUAAUUGUUGGCAUAACUUCUGCCUGUCAAUUAUCUUUGUUGGCAUUGUGGAUGUUGUUCUCAGUUUUGCUUUGCCAUCUGUCUACGGAGAAGAUGACAACCUGAUAAGUAUUGUUCUUACAGUGUUUAUCUGUCUGCGUAUUGUCAGGAUCUUCAGAUUUCUCGAGCCAGCCAUGCCAUUGCUUAUGUCUUUGGUGAAGAAUGUUAUCAGUCACCACCUUAGUUACGGCUAUGAUGUGGGAAGGGGUUAUGUAGCCGGCGAGGAGGAAGUUCGAAAACUUGUCGAUCAUAUGGUGGACCAACGCGAAAUAUCCAAAACUCUCAAGCAGGUCAGCGACAAUGGCAGACUGGAUGUUAUCAGGUGUCUGGGUAUGCUACAGAAACAGCACCCUGACAUUGCUCUGUCCAUCAAAACCCGCCAGGCUGUUCGAAGUGUCCUCAACAACCUCAGAGAUGGCAUACAUGAACUUCUAAGUGACGGCAUUAUUGAAGAAACAGAAGGAAUCAAGCUUGAAAAGAUUGUAGAAGAGAAAAUGAAACGACUACAGAGUGCACCACCCAGUCUUCCCCUCCCACCACCAGACAAGAUGCUAAAUAACGUGUUCUGGCUCCGUAAUGAUCAGAAACUCAUCACAUACAUCAAGGAAAAAGCUAAAUUACUGACAUACAACUACGAAGACAUUAUUAUAACAGAGGGAGACCCUCCUGGUGGUAUCUACAUCAUAGUGUCGGGGAUGGUCAGGCUGGAAAAAUUAAUGUCCGACACAGAUCAGGCUCUUGUGUAUCGUCCACCACAACCUGCUGGACAUUCUCUACGUAAGAAACACACCACUCGCCAUUCCAGGCUUGAGUCUACCUCCCAGCCUGGUAAACCAAUUUUGGAUGACCAUCCGUCUGGCUCACAGCUUGAGAUCAAAUCCAACUUGAUUGACUUCCUGACAGCAGGCAAUAUCAUUGGAGAGAUGGGAUUUCUCACAAAGAAACCUCGAUCGGCUACCGUUAUUUGUGAAACUGCAGUACAGCUGCUGUUUAUUAGUUUUGAAGACAUGGAGUAUGCCCUGACUCACUUUAACGACAGCGAUCCCUCCCUUGAGUAUCGAUUAUGGCAUGUUUGUGCCAACCGCAUUGCCACAAAUGUGUUGCUGAAACAGAUGUCCUACCAAGGUUGGACGAAGGAGAAAAUCAAAUUGCGCCUUGAGAACUCCUACCUCCUGGAUUCCGAUGACAUCGAAGUGUUUACUGUUGAUUCCUCUAUGUCAGAUGUCGUACUUGUCAAUGGUUUCGCACAGAAUGCAUUUACACAAGAACAGAUUGUCGGACCAGCAUACAUUCCCUGGACUGUCUUGAAACUUGAAUUACUGCCUGACAAAGGACCCAAGCCUGUGUUAUUGAUUGUUCCUACAGAGGUAGGACAGCCUCAUCAUACUCAGCAUAAGUCGAGCCAUGAUGUGCGACAUGGCCAUGGUGCUUUCAUCUCAUCCAUCUCACAGCUUUGUCUAAAUCAUGCCUCCAAACAUCGCAAAAACGCCGAGUCUAAAUGGAAGCAGGACAUUGCUCGCAAACGGUCAAUACAGAAAGUUCAACAUGCAAAAAGUCUUGGAGUAUUAUUUAGCAAGGGUCGGAUCAAUGAUGACGACAAACGAAAAAGUGUAACGUCAAACGGAAAUAUCAACAGGGAAUGCUACCCACUCGCAGCAAGAGCCUCGACUCCUGGACGAAUGCAAACCAAACCUUUGAGGCGACAACGGGGAAACAAUCUAGAGACAUUAAGGAAUGAAGACGGAGAUGAAGAAAAUGAUGAAGGACACGUCUAUCCACUUUGGAUGCCUAGUUUAGAUAGUGUUCAAGCGUCUUGUGAAACAUGUGGAGCCGAUAGAGAACUCUGUCAAUGUUAUGGAACAAAACACCAACAAAAGAAACUUAGCAAAAGACGCGUUUCCUACCAUGAACCAUCUUGGAGAUAUAGGACAAGUAAUGAAACAGAAGAUAUGGACUACAACAUAGCUCCUACAACCCGCAGACAUAGUACCGCACCAUCAGAUGCUCCCAACAUAAAACAUGUUCCAUCUGACCUUAUUGGUACUUAUCAUAUAAAUUCGGCAUAUCGCAGCUCUGACUCAGUGCUAUCUGAAACGAACCUCUCUUUGGGUAGGAAAUCUCCUUCAAAUUUUUCUUCUAACGAAUCUCAAGGUGGUUCUGGAUACGGACCAUCGAGAGCAACAGUAUCAGGCAAUUACUCUCGAACUUCAAGUACAGAUAUUUGGAGUGACCAGAACAAUGCCAGGUCCCCCUUCGAUGGUAAUGAGCGAUUAUCACCAGGAAGUGUUGAAACAAAAUCAUAUAGUGGUUCCGAUGAUGGUCCAUCUACACAGUUGAACAACGGAUCGUUCGAUAGGCGUAGUACUGCGAGUUUAUCUGGAACAGAUGAGUCGGGUAUAACUCAUUCACGUCUCUCUUCUGAAACACAAAGUAUGGAUAUUGGGUCCUACAAUACACACACCUCAGAUGAAGGUAGACUGACCAGUGCGUCUUGCGAAAGCAGGGAUGAUAAAAUGUCAAUUGGUACUCGAGAAUCUGGAAGUAUAUCUUCUGUCACGCGAGAAACGGUGUCAUCGAGACCAACAAAUUCCGAAAACUCUUCAAUUGGAACGGACGGAUCCUAUAUUUUAACACAAGGGACUUACAGCUCAAAAUCCUUCUCUUCGUCAUCCUCUUCGAUCGCUCUUCCCGAGUCAGAAUCAUCUGUGUCUCCCAGUGAGUUAAAGUGGGGGAAUCAAGAGGGACUGGAAAGACCCGAUGAACCUCUACCGCCUAUUAUUGAUGCCCAACAAAUCAAAGAGAAAAAUAAGCCAGAUGGAGUCUUUGAUAGAGCUGGCAGUGUGGAUGAUGAUUUAAUAUCGAAACCAUUGGCUAAGGAUGGACGUGAUUUUUUAUUGGAGCGAAGGGCAUCCUCUUUGCUUCCAUCAUAUAUCCCCGUGAUGGAAGGAAUUCCAGAGGUAUGUGGAACAGACAGUGUUUCCACCAAUGUUUCAAGGACUUCAUUGAAUGACGGCUGUGACCGGAAUCCUAUGGAGGUAAUCUCCGAGAUCAAUAGAAAUGAUCACCUAGCCACCACUUCCAAUGAUAUGAGCGACAGGGAAUCUAAUAUUACUUUCGAUACCAAAUUUUAG